AUGGGGUUGGCAUGGGUACUAGGAGUUGUGUCACUGGUAGGGUGGCUCUUGUGGCGGUGGAAUGAUCUCUGGUAUGGCCUCCCAGUUAAAACCCGGUGUUCUGCUAGCGGCACCAAGCUCCCUCCCGCUCACAUGGGCCUUCCUUUUUUCGGAGAGAUGCUUACAGAGGAGCAUAUACCUUUAAGCAAUAACAAGAAUGGGAAGUUCAUCACGAGCGACGAAAUUUCAAAAAUGGAAUAUACAAACAAGGUUGUGGAAGAAACGAUAAGGUUGGCAAACAUCUCAGCAUUUACGUUUCCAACAGCUAGCAAGGAUGUCGAGUACAAAGAUGUUUCUCAGGUUAUAAAAUUCCUAAAAACUAGAAAGUUUUGCUUUGGGUUAGAUACCUCCACACAAAUCCAGAAAACUUUGAAGAUUCCAUUUGCUUUAACCCGGAUAGAUGGAAUUACUUUUCAGAAACCGGCGAAGCCAGGAACAUAUCAAGUUUUUGGCGGGGGAGAAAGAAUCUGCGCCGGAAAUAUGUUUGCUCGCUUACAAAUUGCCAUUUUUCUUCAUCAUUUGGCCAUAGGAUACAAGUGGGAACUGGUGAAUCCCAGUGCAGAGAUGAGUUAUCUUCCACAUCCAAAACCAGUUGAUGGGGUUGAGAUUGUCUUUGGCAAAAUUUGA